ACACUUGUCAUGGCUGCUCUGCUGACUUGAAAAAAGAAAAACCCAGGAAAUUGGUUUUUGAUGUUCACCUGGGAGUAAAUAUUCUUCUCUUUUCUGUUCUUUUUUCUUUUUUGGCUAUUUACCAAUUGCUGGUGCUUUCCAAAUCAGAAUUCAUGAGGAUCCGCUGAAGAUCUUAUUCUUAAAAAGGCUUCGUCACAUUUUAACUCAUGGCUGUCAGACACUCAGGGGCCCCCACGGAGGGCUGAGCGGGGGACAGGAAGCCUUAGCAGAGAAGAAGGGGUUUCAGAAAGUUCAUCUGACCGUCCGAAGGGACCGCACUGACCUCUGGCACAGAUGCUGAGGCGGGGGAUGGGGAGGCGAGCCAGCAAAGGUCGGAAGGGAGUCUCUGGGAAGGUAGAAAAGGCAGUUUGAGAAUUGAUUGGCUCUAGUGUGCAGUCAGUGGGUGUAUGCAUUUUUUUCUUUCUUUUUCUUUCUUUCUUUCGUGUGUGUGUGUGUGUGUGUGUGUGUGCGCGCGCGUGUGUGUGCGCGUGUGUGCGCUACAGGAAGUGAUUUGCAGUGCUCCCCGGGCCUUUGUUGAGAAGGGUCUCCUCUGGAGUGAGUCACGCUCUCGCUGUGCGCAGCCCUAGCCGCCGGGCGCUCCCCUUCCGAAGCGAUGCCUGGAGCGGCGCGAGCGUGCCGCCCUCCGCAGCCGAGCGCGGGGCCGGGGCUGCGCGGCCGCGGCGGCGCGGGCCGCUAGCGGGGAGGCGGCGCCGCUGUCCCCCGCUGUCCCGGCCGCCGCGUCCCGCCGGGCCGCCGCGCUCGCCCCUGCAGCGCCCGGGCGGAUGCGGCCAGCCCACGGAGGGGCAUGCUUCCACGCACCAAGUACAACCGCUUCAGGAAUGACUCGGUGACAUCGGUCGACGACCUUCUGCACAACCUGUCGGUGAGCGGCGGCGGCAAGGUCUCGGCGGCGCGCGCGGCCCCGGCGGCGGCCCCCUACCUGGUGUCCGGAGACGCGCUGCGCCGGGCGCCCGACGAUGGGCCGGGCAGCCUGGGCCACCUGCUCCACAAGGUGUCCCACCUGAAACUCUCCAGCUCGGGCCUCCGCGGGCGCUCGGCGGCCAGGGCGCGGGCGGGCGCGCGGCUCUCGGGCAGCUGCAGCGCGCCCAGCCUGGCCGCCCCGGACGGCAGCGCGGCCCCCGGCCCCGGCGCCCCGGCCAUGCGCGCCGCCAGGAAGGGCCGGCCCGGCGACCAGCCGCCGCCGCGCGCCCCGCACGCCAGCGACCAGGUGCUGGGGGCCGGAGUCACCUACGUCGUCAAGUACUUGGGCUGCAUUGAAGUUCUCCGCUCAAUGAGGUCUCUUGACUUCAGCACAAGAACACAGAUUACCAGGGAAGCCAUCAGCCGUGUGUGUGAAGCUGUCCCUGGCGCCAAAGGAGCCUUCAGGAAGAGAAAGCCUCCCAGCAAAAUGCUGUCCAGCAUCCUGGGCAAGACCAACCUCCAGUUUGCGGGGAUGAGCAUCUCGCUGACCGUAUCGACCGCCAGCCUGAACCUGCGGACGCCCGACUCCAAACAGAUCAUUGCGAACCACCACAUGCAGUCCAUCUCCUUCGCAUCAGGGGGAGACCCGGACACAACCGACUACGUGGCGUAUGUGGCGAAGGACCCCGUUAAUCGCAGAGCGUGUCACAUUCUGGAGUGCUGCGACGGGCUGGCCCAGGAUGUCAUUGGCUCCAUCGGACAGGCCUUCGAACUCCGCUUUAAGCAAUAUUUGCAGUGUCCUUCCAAGGUGCCUGCGUUCCACGGCCGAAUGCAGAGUCUGGAUGAGCCGUGGACUGAAGAGGAGGGGGAUGGCUUGGACCACCCAUACUACAACAACAUCCCGAGCAAGACACCUCCUCCAGGGGGCUUCGCGGAUGUGCGGCUGCAGGCCAGACCCCAUGCCCCCGACACAGCCCAGUUUGCAGGAAAAGAGCAAACUUACUACCAGGGGAGACACUUAGGAGACCCGUUCGGCGAGGACUGGCAGCAAACACCUGUCAGGCAAGGGUCCCUGGACAUCUACGGCAUGCCGGAGGGGAAAGCGCACGCGGCCCCUGGAGAAGCCCCCACGUACGUGAACGCCCAGCACCUCCCGCCUCAGGCCACGCCGGCGUCGGGCAGCAGCGCAGAGAGCAGCCCGCGGAAGGACCUCUUCGACAUGAAACCUUUUGAAGAUGCUCUCAGGAACCAGUCCUUGGGGCCUGUGCUGAGCAAAGCGGCCUCCGUGGAGUGCAUCAGCCCCGUCACCCCCAGAGCCCCAGACGCCAAGAUGCUGGAGGAGCUGGAAGGGGAGCCUUGGUACCGAGGGGAGACGAGCCGGAAGGAGGCCGAAGGGCUGCUGAAGAACGAUGGGGACUUCCUGGUCCGGAAGAGCGCCACCAACCCGGGCUCCUUCGUCCUCACAGGAAUGCACAAUGGCCAGGCCAAGCACCUGCUGCUCGUGGACCCGGAAGGCACGAUCCGGACAAAGGACAAGGUCUUCGACAGCAUCAGCCACCUCAUCAACCACCACCUGGAGAACAGCCUGCCCAUCGUCUCCGCAGGAAGCGAGCUCUGCCUCCAGCAGCCGGUGGAGAAGGCUCCGUGACCGGCCAGCCACCCUGUCCUGACUCCACACCGAUGGUCAGGAGUCCUGGCUCUUCCCGGAAGAUGGAUAUGAAGGCUCUGGAAACUCAGGCCGCUGCCUGCGGGCUCAGAGCCUCAUCCAAAUGCCCCAGGAGGAAAGUGUCCGUCAAGUGCAAGUUUCAUAAACUUGUUCUGAUUUUCUCGUGUGCAUAUUAAAGGUGUACAUACCUAUACACUGUACAAAUUAUCCCUCUAUAUUUAUAUUUUUUAAGACUAAGAGAGAUGUAAGACUAACGUUCUGUGCUGUAUGUUUUUAAUGGGAAAAAAAUGUUUGACUGUAGUUGUCUGGGCAAAAAUUUAAUUCAACUGACCCAUUCUACUGAAAAAUUCCACUAGGAAGGUGUUGCCUGCAGCUUUAUCUGAGGGGAGAGAAGCAGGCAGGAGGGCUGGGGGUCAACGUGGAGCUGUAGCGGAAGAAGGCAGGCGGCUCCCCAGAGCAGCUGAGCUCCGCACAGAACCCUCCGCCGGUCCUGGUUGCUGCCACUCGGAGCCGCUGGUGUCCCUUCCUCCGUGAUGCAUCUCCCCCAGCUGUCGGCCUCACACCUGUGCGGUCGCAGUGCUGAUGGCUGGUGCCGCUGUGCUAAGGAGAUGGCUGGGGGAUGUCCCAGCUUUUCCGGGCGGUGGCAGUGCUGGGCACAGGAAUGCUGUCCGUCUUGACCAGUGUUGUCCAGGGGUCUGUUUGACGGCCAGAUAGGGGUAGAAAGCGAGCCUCAGUGACCAAGAUCUUGACUGGCACGUGCUUCCCAUAUGGUCAUCUGCGUAACGACAAACCAGCAUGUGCGGAGGGCUGGGGGCAAAGUCUUGGUUUCCGCGUCCUUGCGGCCGGCACGCCGAUCGCAGCUGCCGGGGUGGCCGCUAGGAGACAGCACGCGCUGCCCCCGCUACGCGCUGCGUCCGGGGCAGAUGCCAGCGCGUGCUCAGCCCCGAGACCUCUGCACGGCUGCUGCUCCCGCUUCACCUUCGUCUCGGGCUGCGGACUCGGGAGUGUGGGGAAUCGGAUUGAGGUUUUGCUGCUCAAGUGGCUGGUGGGUAGUGCCGCUGGCUGUCUCUGCCACAGAUUUUCCAGUUGCUCCCUGGAACGGGCCUAUGAUUUCUUCCCAGGUCAUUUGGGGCCAACAGGGGGGGACAGUGUUUCUAGUUUUAAAAAACACCUGGUUGAGGUUAACUUGUGAUUUAACAGAUGCCGUCUUUUAAAAGCCGAAGGGCUCACCUGUCGGUUGGCAGCCUGUCUCUGGUGCCACAAGCUCUCAUCCCCUGCUGUCCCACAGCCCGCGGGGGCCCUGGGUCAGGGCUGCGGGACUUUCCGCACACUAAUAGUGGGGCAGGAAUAAAUCUGAUGCUUCAAGAAUGAGGAGUUAAGGCUGGAUUUUAAACAUUCUGAUGAGUAGUAAUUCUGCAAAGUUCUAUUUCUGAAGGAGCCCCAUUUCUGUUCUCAGGGUGUGGGUGUGUGUCCAGGAUGGAAGGUGGGGUGCAGCGCGUGGGUGACAUCGGGCAGGUCCGAAGAUUUGUGUGGAGGCUUCUUAGGAGUUUUUGUCCUUUGAGUGUCCAAGGAGUCCCAGAAGACAGUGGCUUCAAUCUCCUAGAAUGUUCUGCCAUGGGUUAGAACUAAUGUAGGGCCACCCACCCCUCCUGGAGCAGCUCUGGUUUCAGUCGCAUGAGGAGACCCACUCCACGUUACCCAGAAGCAAUAGGAGCUGAACAGGUCUCGGCAGCAGCGGGUUGGGGGCAGCUGUGGGAACCCUCCUGUCCCAUCCCCUGGAGGCCUGCAGCCCUGCAGACAUACAUAGAGGUCCCAGCCCUGUGUGCAAGUGUCCACACAUAUGAUAAACGGAUGAAAUGACUUCUCUGGAUGGCCUGCGGGGCCCCCUGAGUAAUCUUAAGGGCUGGCCCCAAAUUCUAAUAUUUAAGGGCAAAGUAGGAAAGGCUGGUUAGGGACCGGGAGACCCUGCACAGCUGACCUGUGUUUUUUGUGCUCCUGGGGAUGUGAGAUAUGAUCAUCAGUACGGUUUAGAGCUCUCUGCUGUGCAGUCAGUGAUUCGCUCAGCGGUGAUAAGCAACAUAUAUCCUGUCUUUUUGCAUGAGAAUCGAUUUAGAAAAUUAGAAAUAUUGGAGGCGAUCAAAUUUUGUUUCAAUAUUAAUUCAAAAUAUGUAUUUUGAAGUUCGGAUUCCAGGAUUGCUUACAAAACAACAGGCCAGUGGAGAUCUGGGCUUCUCUGUACUGCCAGAGCGCCAGCGGAUGGCUGCUGUUCUCUCCUGGUCAUCCCUCCCCUGUGUGAGGCGGGGUGGGGCCCCACAGGUCACCGCGGCUCCCCUUCAAGGCUGUGAAAUGGGCAUGAUAGGGAGCCCCACUCAUGGGGGAGAAACUGAGGCACGGGGGGCGCUUCACGCUGCUCUAAGCCAUGCAAUGGGCAGGCAGAGCUGUGCUCCCUCCACGUUUCUGGGCUCUGCUGCGCCUGGAGAUCAGGAUUCCCAGGCAAAGACGGCCACUCCCUGCCCAGCCUCGGUGCCCCUCGUCUGGCCCCGGACCACACCUCUGCCAGGCAAGGCUGUGUGUUCCUGGACCCCCGAGUCCCCGGAUACAUUUGCUGCUCAGUGUACCCAGCCCCCCGGAGCCCAGGGGGCACUGGACAUGCUGCUUCUCAGCCCAGGCCACUGGCAUGCACGGCAGGUCCCACCGGCCCACGACAGCCAUGCCACCCACUGCCCCCCCACCGACACGACUACGUGUGAACGAGUGGGACUUUCAUCGGUGGUUUCGGUGAGCCCUGGUGCUGGGGGCACCGAACCGCCCCGUGGACUGUCUGACGGCCAACCAUUCAGACAUUUCCAGCCCCGACUCUGUGUGGACUCUGCCACUCCCGGGUUCUCGGCUCGAGAGGCCAAAGGGCCCAGCAGCCACGUCACUGUGACACACGUUUCACCGUUGGACACUGUCUCAGGCGUUGGGGCGGAUGGGCAGACGGAGACCAAGGUCCAGGGAUGGAGGCUGUGUCCGAUGCCUCCUUCCCAUAAGUGACCCUCAGAGACGAAGGUUCUAGUCCUCCCUUCCCUGAGUCAGUCCCCUGGUGAAAGCAAUUCCCACAAGAUCACAGGCCUCCCCAGAGCCGCACGGCCUCACCUUUGUUGCUGGGUGUCUCCGAGCGCCACCCGCCCGCACCCCUCCCGCGAGAUGGGGGGGUGCUCGUGAAUCUACGGAAACAGGAAGGACAGUUGCUCCUCAUGCAGGUGCGACGGGCUCCCUCGCUGGGCUCCCACACCGGCGGGUCACCCGCGCCUUUCUGCGGGUGGACACGGCCCAAUGGGAAGGGGACGGGAAUUGUGGAAAUACUGCGCUUAGGUCAUUGUGUGCCGCGGACAGAUCUCAGUCCUGAGUUUUAGGAUAAUACCUGGCGCUGCAGUCAAACUCAAAACAUUUGUCCUGAGAGAAAUGAAUUGGGAAAACCGCUUAAUGAGAAGGUGUUGCCACCUGGGCAUGCCAGGGCCACGCAGGGGUGACAAGCAAGAGAGCAGUCUAGGACGUGCCGCUGCAGAAGUGCGGGAGCUGGGCCCGGGAGACUGGCUGGAGCGCAGUGACGGUCAGUGGCUGAAUCUCAGACAGAGCACAGGACUUAUUAGGGUCCUUUGUCGUUGGGUAUAAAGCUCAGCCCCUGGUCGGAAAUGGCGCAGAGCUCCUCCUUGGGUUUGCAUUCAUGCUCAUUCUUUUCACAAAAGGCAUAAAGACGCGAGUCUUACACGGAUAAGGAAGUGCUUCUGCCGUGCUUCAGAAGCAGACCCCGAGGCGGUCUAACUGUACGUCGUUUCUCUGGGUGAUGCCCCAGGGGCAGGGAAGGGCACGCUCAGGCAGGUCACCGUGAUGUGGAAGAUGCACGGCGCCAAGGGACAGCAGGAGAUGGGGCCGGACACACGUCCGUGGUCACCCAGCAGCCCAUCACACGUAGAAAGCAGGCCCUGUGCACACCUGAGCAUGGGGCGAGGGGGAUCCCAGGCAGGGCGACUGGCCUCCAGGCUAAGCAGAUCUGGAGUGGCUGGACAAUGAGGCGCCCCCCGGGGCCCCACGCCAGGAGGUCUGCACAGGAACCAAGAGUUUGCAUUUCUAGUAGAUUGAGCGACGCUGGUGGGGAGUGUGGACUUUGAGAACCCCAUGCGGUGUGAGCUGCUGGCCUCUGACCCUCCCUUGUUGAGGGUCCCCCUCUAACUUAGGACUUUGUUUUCCCACCACCUCAUGUCACAGAUCCCAGAGUCCAUGCUCUGGGCCUUCCAAAUGGAGGAUUAAUAAGCGUUUAGAACUCCGUGCACUCGCUGCUGGCACAUACAAUGCCAUCUGCCAGCUACGAUUUAUUUAUAAUGGGGUUUAUACAUAUUUAUAAGUUUGCAGGCAACAAAUGCACAGUUUAAAAACUGGCCCAUUUUGUAGUAGCUAGAAAAGCUGCAGUUUCCUACCAGGCCUUUGAAUGUCACCCUUGUGCAUGCACACAUGUACCUACACUGGUCAGGACGGACGCACACCUGUGUGUGUGUGUGCGUGUGUGUGUGCGCGUGUGCGCGCAGGCAGGCCACCUGGGCGGUGCACACCUCGAGACUCCCCCCCCCUCCGUGUGCUGGUAUUUUAACCAACAGGGACAAGCAGAAAGUGAACCAGAUGUGCAGAGUUUGGCAUCCGCAGAUACACGGAGGAGGUCCUGGAUGCUUCCGGGUGUGCGGCCCGAGGGCAAGGGGAUGGGAACAGACAGGAGGGCCCCGGAGGAAGUCCCAGAGGGUCGGGAGGCGAGGGAAGCCAGCAGGGAAGACCAGGCCAGGAGGGAGACGGUGGAGGAGAACGGAGGCACACAGAAGGGUGUUACCCGGCAGCGUGCGGCGUCUCUCGGAGACCAGACAGGAAAGACAAGGAGGGGCCGGCGUGGCAAGGCUGUCCCCACCAGGUGUGCUGGGGACAGCUGGCUGCCCGGCUUCUAGGCACUCCCAGCCAACCUGCUCUUGGCCUGCUCUGUGCAUUGGUUCCUGUGUGGCAGGCACGGUGCUGGGCUCCUCAUAGGGGACAAGAACACAGGGGGCAUUAGCAUGUGACAAGCCUGAUGGCCGACGCAGUCAUGUUCCACAGGACGGUGGAGGCCGGGGCUCCCGGGGGAUGCUGGCGUGGGAGUGCCAGAGCAAGCAGACAGGGUAGGGGCCCCAGAGCGGACAGGGCAGUGUCACAUACAACGGCUGCUGUCAGCUGGGACACUGGAGGCUGGCAGCGCCCCCCCACCCGGAUGGCCAGGAGGACCAUUCUCAUGGAAGAAAGGGCCAGAUUACGAUGCUGCCCCCCACAACGCUGAUUUCUG